AUGGAGGACCUCAUGACUUAUGAGGACGAUGAUGGAAUUGUUAGAUUGCUACCCGGGUAUAAGUUUGAUCCCACUGAUGAAGUUCUUGUGGAUUUUUACUUGAAGAGAAGAGUCUUUGGUCAGCCUCUUCCUUUUGAAAUUAUUCCAGAUUUUGAUGUGUUUCAGAUUGAGCCUUGGGGUCUUCCAGGAGGAGAUGGAAAGAUUUUCAAUCAACGCAAGUGCUUCUUCCACAACAUAGGUGGUCGUGACCUUGAAAGCCUUGACAUAAGAGUUGCUGGGAGUGGUGAGUGGAGAGCUACGAAGAAGGGGAAAAAUGUUCAUAUACAUCAAAACAAUGAGGUGGUUGGGAAGAAGAACACCCUGCAUUUCUGGGAAGUGCAAGGAUCCUGUGCUAGAAGAACUGAAUGGAUGAUGCAUGAGUUCCGCCUUGCAUCAAUAGCUAACCCAUCUAAGGUGACAAAGUGGGCCGUGUACCGCAUUUUUCAGAAUAAGGAUCUAAAGAAGGUCACGAAUUCAAAUAAGUAUAAUCAGGAUAGCUACAAUGAUGUGGAGGGAUGA